AGGGAGAAACAGACUUCCCGCUGAGUGGGGAGCCUGAUGUGGGGCUCGAUCCCAAGACCUGGGAUCAUGACCUAGGCUGAAGGCAGACCCUUAACCCGACUGAGCCACCCAGGCACCCCAAGAGUAUGUGCAUUUUAAAUACUGUUAGAUAAGGCCAAGUAGCCUUCCAAAACAAACUCAGUUUUUCUUGUUAUUGUCAUCUGCAGCUGCACAGGAAAUUACUACAUCUCUGUCAGUCCUUUUAGAUGUCCAUAUAUACAACCCCCAUAGGCCCCUCUCAGACCUGUGAGCUCCCUCUUGGCCCCCACUCUGUUGCAUACCUGAAAGCCCAGCUUUCUGAAACUGACUCUGGAUCCUGGCAGAUCUUUGGUGUAAUGAGUCCUUGGCCUUGAUGCUUGGGUUUGGAAUCUGAGGAUGGACAUGCACAGGUGGACACGGCCAGGACUCAGAGCUAGCCUUGGGCACCCCACCCCACCUCUACAGUCCACACCACCCCCAGCAGUUUCCUGGGGAGGGAGUGUCAUCUGACAAGAGGGGCCCUUAUAAGCUGAUAUGACAGGGGCUACAAAGAUAAAGUCCAGCCUAGCCCUGGCAGGGCUCUCGUGGGCAGCUGCUGGUGCAGUGACCUCAGGCAGAAACAGCCAGCUGUCUGGACUCACCUGCCCACACUGCUUUCUUCCUGGAGCUUGCGAAACCACACUCCUGACAGUCCACUCCUCCAUUGUCCUGUGGCUCUUCCUUCUAGACCAUACCCCAGUUGGCAGAAAAACUGCCCUCUCGGCAACCCAGAAGAGCUGGGGCCUCCACAGGGCUGUAGCAGUCCACACACUUGCUGGCCGGGCCCAUACCCCUCACCUCUCGGGGUGCUGGGGGCCAGCAUAUGGAAUAGCACAGCCCAGGAAAUAAACAGCUGAAGUUGUAAAAGAUUCUAUCAUUAAAAAUCUCUUGAUUAGGUAGCACAGUGCUCUGAGCCUGGCCCUUGGGGCUUCUGAACACUUUUUGGAGAGAAAUGAGAGCAAAGUAUCUCCUCUAAAUGACAGAAAUGUGCUUCAUUGUCUGGUGUGGGACUUUUCACUGUUCCGAGAGACAUCACUUUGGCAAGUCUCCUUGCUCACGUGGAUGCGAAGCCUCAUCUACACUCAUCUUUGGACGCUCACGACCUCGGGAAACCCUCCAUGUCACACUGGGAUGUCGGGGCCCCUCUCCAGAGAAACACCUUACCCCCUCUCUUCUAGUCCAGCUCACAAAAUGCACCUCCAACUCAAUCACAACUUUUGGAGAUGGAAAAAGAACCAUUACCAACCACAAAAUACAUUUAUCCAUGCAGUUAUUUACCACUUUUUUCUUCCAUAAUUAUUCAGGAUCUUAAUAUCUGAAGGACUUCUGUGUCUGGAGACAGCCCUGUGACUUGGGCUUUCUUGCUCAUUGUAUGAAGCAGAAUUUUCCUAAACAUUUAAACACUUCAUGCUUAAUCAAAACUUGUAAGAUGCAUAAAUCAAAUUAUUUUAAAUCUUGAAAUGUUGGUCACAAACAGAAGUCAAAUUCUCUUACAUAUUCCUAUAAACCCUAAGUCAGUGGAAACUUCUACAUGUCUCAUCGGAUCUCACUAUAGUUAGCAGGCAUCCAGAGGGUCCCCUGUCUGCAAAGAGGGGACUAAGCCUGCAUGUCCUGCGGGUGGACCCUUCUUCUACCCACCACUCAACGUAAGAGACAGAAUGUGAGAGGUACCGUUAGAACGUCCUAUUUUUAGUAUAUGUGCUGCCGAAGCGAGCACCCGUUAGAACGUCCUGUCUGGCUUCUCCAUUCCCUGCCCUGGCCCUGCCCCCAGGAACCAUAAUCUGGAAUUUUGUGUUUACUGUACCUUUGCUUUGCUUUAUAGAUUCCUUUCCUAUCCAUAUACCUCAUUCCAAUACUAUUUCGUUUUGCAGGCUUUGAACUUUAAGCGGAAUUAUAUGUAUUCUUCUGAGACUUUUUUUUUUUCACUCAAAAUGAAGUUCCUGAGAGUCACUCAUUUUCACUAGAGAUUUUUUUAUUAUGCAAAUAUUGCUGUGAUCUGAUUGUAUCCCCCCCCCCAUUCAUAUGUUGAAAUCCUAUCCCCAAAGAUGAUAGGAUAAGGAGGUAGGGCUUUAGGGAGGUGAUGAGGUCAUGGGAUUAGUGUCUUUAUAAAAGAGGCCCCAGAGAGCUCCCUUGCCCCUUCCCCCAUGUGAGGACCCAGCAAGAGGCACCAGCUAUGAACCAAGAAGAGGGCCAUCACUGGAACAUGACCAUGCUGGCACUGUGAUGUUGGACUUCCCAGCCUUCAGAACUGUAAGAAAUAAAUUCCAUUGUGUAUAAGCUACCCAGUCUGUGGUAUUUGGUGAUAGCAGCCCAAAUGGACUAAGACAAAUACAUUUUAUAUUUAAUACAUACAUAAAAUUAGUAUAUUAAUAUCAAAUAUAUUAACUUAGUCAUUUGUAUUAGAAUUGAUUCUGUUUUGAGAGAUAGAAAGCCCUAAAUAACAAUGUGUAUUAGUCAGCCUUUGCCAUAAUACUGCUGCAUAACAAAUAUCCUACAGAUUAUGGCUAUGACAACAUACAUUUAUUCUUACGUUUGUGGGUCAGCAGGUCGACUGCGGUUCAGCUCACCCCUGUGGCACUCCAAGUGGCUCUGCUCUGGCCUGUGGAUCAUCUGAACUUGGCUUCAGGCUGUGCAUGAGUUCAGAUCUGCUCCAGGUGUACUAUUUCAGGGAUCCAGGGUAAGUAAGGGUCAGUGGCUCUCUGGGGCAUGCUCUCCCACAACAAAUCACAGCCCUCUGCUUGCAUCCUGUCUCCUCAGAUUCCAUUGGCCAAAGCGUGUCAAGUUCCCACCAAUGGGGAGAGUGAUCUGCUUUACUCAAAGUUCACCAAUUUAUAUGUUAAUCUCACCCUAAAAACGCCCUCACAGAGACAUCUAACGUAAUGUUUGACCAAAUAUCUGGGCAGUCCCUGGCCCAGUCAAGUGGACACAUAAAAUGAACCAUCACAUUUGCCAACACCAUGCAGACCUGUCUCAUGUUCAUAUUCUAAGCCGUCAUAGUCAUUCUGGAAGUCAAACAUUACAGUGGUUACUUCCCAGGCAGCAGCCCUAAGCCAUGCAGUACAAGAGAUGUGAGGGAAAGCCGCUCUUAGGGCUCCCAGGAAAAGUUCCUUCGAUCCGAAGGGUGCAGCAUGAUACGGUGCUCUUCUCCUCCUCUAGAUGUUUUAUGGUGGAAGGUGAUGGCUGGGGAAAGAGACAAGCCAGGUCCUCUGUCACACUGCCACUGACCCAACCUGCCCCAGAGCCUCCUCCCUCUUGUCUUUCAGCUGAGAUAACACACAGCCUUAUUGUUCAAGCCACAUCGAGUUAUGGUUGUGUUCCUUGAAGCUGAGGGCUUCCUAAUAUAGAUCUAUCCAGAGAGACUUGGUAACUUCUACAGCCUUUAAUUGCAUUGCCUGUCUAUGACAGGCAAUCUUCUGUAUACAUAAUAAAUUUCUCUACUACAGUGGAGUUCAAUUUUUCUCUCUUUUCUUUUUUUUAAAGAUUUUAUUUAUUUGCCAGAGAGAGACACAGCAAGAGAGGGAACACAAGCAAGGGGAGUGGGAGAGGGAGAAGCAGGCUUCCCGCUGAGCAGGAAGCCCGAUGCGGGGCUCGAUCCUAGGACCCUGGGACCAUGACCUGCUUAAUGACUGAGCCACCCAGGCACCCCAGAGUUCAAUUUUUCUAAUGACAUUUAAUGUGACAAAUAUGUUUUUAGAUUUUAAUUAAAAUUCAACCACACGUGGUGCUCCCAGUGCAACCAGUCCAUCAGAGGUCACGGAGGUGAAGACACCAUCUCCUUGAGGUGGCCGGUGGACGUCCCCAUCACCUCUCCUGGUGCCACGUUUCCCCGGGGAAUGACUACAAGAUGCAACUCCAUUUCGCAAAUGUGACAAUGUGAGAAAAUGGGAGUCUUAGAAAUGAGGAAGCAUUUUUUUUUGAUGUGGGGAGAUAGACAUUUCUACUGUUUUUUGGGGGGGGUUCAGGACUGAGAGUACAAAACAGAGGUGACUGAAGACGGGACUCUGAGCUGAGGACAGGGUGGCCUCCAGAUGUGGGCCUUGACUUCUAAAGCAUAAAAUGCCAUCAAGAGGAUGCUUCUUUAUUCUCCAGAUGUGUCCUAAGUGCCCUUCUGUCACUUUGUGCCUACGAUAUGAAAACAUGAGCCAUAGUGAUCCAUAUCCAUAUUUCUGCUAAUGCAAAAAGGGUUUCCUUCCUUUCUUCAAUAACUUUUACUGAAAACCUCUAUGGAGUGACGGUGCCAGACCAUGGGCCAAGGGAAAGAGACACAGGGGUAAAUAAGGCACACUCCUUUCAAGGACCUCUCAGUAGGUCAGUGGACCUACUAAUGGCUUAGUAGGUACAGUGGAUAAGUGACAAUAUGUGUAUUAUACGUGUGUAAUAUAUAUGUAUGUGCUUGCAUAUCGUAGGGCCGUAGUCUGAAUGUUUGUGUCCCCCUGCAGGUUCAUAUGUUGAAAUCCUAACCCUCAAGGUGGGGCCUUUGGGAGGUGAUUAGGUCAUGAGAGUGGAGCCCUCAUGGUUGGGGUCGAUGUCCAUAUAGAAGAGGUCUCAGAGAAUUAGCUUGUCUCUUCUGCCACGUGAGCACACUGUGACCUGGACCCUCUGGGACAUCCAGGAAGUGCGCCCUCAUCUGACACUGAAUCUUCCAGUGCCAUGAUCUUGGACUUCCCAGCCCCCAAAACUUGAGAAAUAAAUGUCUGCUGUUUAUAAGCUGUCCAGUCUGGGCAUCUGACAUUUUGUUAUAUCAGCCUGAAUGGACUAAGACACAAAGAGAAUAAGAGUUGGAAGGCAUUGACCUCCAAGACAUUGAUUGUUCUUACCUGCCUCCUUCAUACGUUGUGCUCUUUAUUUUAACUGGCGUGUGUUACGGGACAGGGGGGAGACCAGUGAAGAGGCUCUCCAGUGGCCCAGAUGGUGGCUUGGGUGGCCAGGGUGUAGAGGACAAAGAGCUUUGCCUGGACUGGAAGCUAUGGGGGAGGGGCAGUCAGGAUGAGAGGAGGAGACAAGGAUGGCUGGAGUGCUGGGGUGGAUAGUGGGGGACACACUGGAAGUGAUGUGUGGGGCAGUCCCUUGGGCAGCACCUGCCCAGGUAAAUGCAGGAUGAAUACCUCUGCAAGGUUCCCCUAGCUGUUCACCCAGAAUAACCUCCCUAACUAGAGAGGUUGGCUGAGAACUCCACAACCUCACCUCCCAGUGGCCUCUUUCUGGGGCACUUGUCCCUCCAGGAACCCGAGGCUGGGUAGCCGUGCAGUCUACCAAUAGACCAGUGGUUCCCCUGCUCAUUUUAAACUGGGGGCUUCCAAGCCAGGGCUGUGGAGCCACGCCUUGUCAGGGCCUGCCCUGGUGAGGCUCCCCCAGGGGCAGCCUCCACCCUGCGCUCUGUCUGGCUUGCCGGCUUCCUGGUGGCAUCCACCGCCCCACCACCCCACCCGGGGCGGAGAAGGGGCACAGCGACGACUCUGGUGUGAGUGCAGAGGGUGCAGCUAGGGCCCAUUCACACAGGGUGGAGUGGGCCUCCAGCCCAAUCUCGAAAAUCUCCUGGGGGAUGGAUCAUUCUCAGCUUUAGAGAGAAACGGAGGGUGGAGGCUUCCUGGGGAUGGGGAAAGGAGAGCUUUGCUGAGCUUUGAGGGGGCGUAGGGAGUGCUGCGAAGAGAUACAGGGGUAGCAAUGGCGGGAGGAGAAAAGGUCUGCACCUGAACCAAUGAACUAAUGAACAAACAGUAGCUUAUCUUUCGUCCACUGUUACUCAGAGUCUAGGGUUGGAAAACCCAACCUCCCCUCGCGGAGCGAAGUCUCCUUGUUCGUUUUCGUCUUCUCACCUGUUGCAACUUGCAUUGUAAGAUAUAGAUGCCCCGCUCCCUGAGCAGGUGGGCUUCUCCAGCUCGGAGCAUCAGGCGGGCCUUGGUGGUCGCCGUGUCCCCAGAAUUCCGCAAGUCUGCGCUGGAAUCAGAGAGCAGCGUCUGCAGCCCCGGACCGCGCUGGGCCCCCACCCCUGGGGACGUAUGACCCCGCCCCUCCGACGAGGCCCCGUCCAAACCCCGCCCCUUCAGCCCUGGCCCCGCCCCGUCUGCGGACAGACUCUGCGGCGCCGCCCGGCUCGCGCCUCCGCCCCCGAGAGCCCAGGCGGGCGGAGUUGCGGGUGAGGGGCGGGAUGUUUUGGGGGGCGGGGGUCCCGAUGACGGCAUCGGAGCGCGCCGCGCGGAGGCUCGGAGGCUGACUGCACCGCGGGGGGGGACUGUGCUCCCACCCAAGCAGGGCCAGGAGGAGCGCCCCCUCCCCAGCAUGGGGCUGGAGAGCCAGAGGCUGCCAGGGGCUGAGGAGGCCCCGGUGAGGGUGGCCCUGAGAGUCCGUCCACUGCUGCCCAAGGAGCUGCUGCAUGGGCACCAGAGCUGCGUGAGGGCGGGGCCUCAGCACAGCCACGUCACCCUUGGGCGAGACCGCCACUUUGGCUUCCACGUGGUGCUGGCUGAGGACGCCGGGCAGGAGGCCGUGUACCGGGCCUGUGUGCAGCCCCUCCUCGAGGCUUUCUUUGAGGGCUUCAAUGCCACGGUCUUUGCGUACGGUCAGACAGGCUCCGGGAAGACAUACACCAUGGGGGAGGCCAGUGUGGCGUCCCUGCAUGAGGACGAGCAGGGCAUCAUCCCACGGGCCAUGGCUGAAGCCUUCAAGCUUAUCGAUGAGAAUGACCUGCUGGACUGCCUGGUGCAUGUGUCCUACCUGGAAGUGUAUAAGGAGGAGUUCCGGGACCUGCUGGAGGUGGGCACUGCCAGCCGUGACAUCCAGCUUCGGGAGGAUGAUCGGGGAAAUGUUGUGCUGUGUGGUGUGAAGGAGGUGGACGUGGAAGGCCUGGACGAGGUGCUGAGCCUCCUGGAGAUGGGCAACGCGGCGCGGCACACGGGGGCCACACACCUCAACCGCCUGUCCAGCCGCUCACACACCGUCUUCACCGUGACCCUGGAGCAGCGGGGGCGCGCCCCCAGCCGUCUGCCCCGACCCCCCGCGGGCCAGCUGCUGGUGUCCAAGUUCCACUUCGUGGACCUGGCGGGCUCGGAGAGGGUGCUCAAGACGGGCAGCACGGGCGAGCGGCUCAAGGAGAGCAUCCAGAUCAACAGCAGCCUCCUGGCGCUGGGCAACGUCAUCAGCGCCCUGGGCGACCCCCAGCGCCGCGGCAGCCACAUCCCCUACCGGGACUCCAAGAUCACCCGGAUCCUCAAAGACUCGCUGGGCGGGAACGCCAAGACGGUGAUGAUCGCCUGCGUCAGCCCCUCCUCCUCCGACUUCGACGAGACCCUCAACACCCUCAACUACGCCAGCCGCGCCCAGAACAUCCGCAACCGCGCCACGGUCAACUGGCGGCCCGAAACGGAGCGCGCGCCCGAGGAGGCCGCGGCCGGCGCGCGGGGGCCCCCGCGCCACCGCUCGGAGACGCGCAUCAUCCACCGCGGCCGGCGCGGCCCCGGCCCCGCCAACGCCCCCGCCGCCGCCGCCGCCGCCGCCGCCCGCCUGGGCGCCGAGUGCGCGCGCUACCGGGCGCGCACCGACGCCGCCUACAGCCUCCUGCGCGAGCUGCAGGCCGAGCCCGGGCUGCCCGGCGCCGCCGCCCGCAAGGUGCGCGACUGGCUGUGCGCCGUCGAGGGCGAGCGCAGCGCCCUGAGCUCCGCCUCCGGGCCCGACAGCGGCAUCGAGAGCGCUUCAGCCGAGGAGCAGGCCACGCAGGGGCCCGGCGGGCCAACGGUGGCCAAGGGCCAGGACGAGGAAGGGGCAGUGCAGCUGCUUGCCCUGCAGAGCCAGGUGGCCCGGCUGGAGGAGGAGAACCGAGACUUCCUGGCUGCGCUGGAGGACGCCAUGGAGCAGUACAAACUGCAGAGCGACCGGCUGCGGGAGCAGCAGCGGGAGAUGGCAGAGCUGCGGCUGCGGCUAGAACUGGUGCGGCCCGGCUGGGGGGCCCCAGGGCUCCUGCAGGGCCUGCCUCCCGGGUCCUUUGUGCCCCGGCCUCACACAGCCCCCCUGGGGGGUGCCCACAGCCACGCGCUGGGCAUGGUGCCCCCUGCCUGCCUUCCUGGAGAUGAAGUUGGCCCCGAGAACUGGGGAGAGGAGGUGACAGAUGGCAGAGAGGCUAGAGCCACGGCGGAGGCAGACAGGCCCGGCAGCGGCUCUUCAGCUGCCUCGGACGAGGAGGAGGAGGAGCCCCCCCAGCGGACCCUGCACCUGCGCAGAAACGGGAUCAGCAAGUGGAGCCAGAGGGUGGGGGCCUGCCCAGGGAGUCCACUCGACAAGAAGGGCCCAGAGCUUCACCUUGAGGAACUGGGUGCAGCCAUCCCGGGGCCCAGAGUCAUUGGUGGGAGCAAGGCCCUGGCUCGACCCCGUCAGACCCCCGCUGCCAUGGCCUCUGAGUGGCGGCUGGCGCAAGCCCAACAGAAGAUCCGAGAACUGGCCAUCAACAUCCGCAUGAAGGAGGAGCUCAUUGGCGAGCUGGUCCGCACAGGGAAGGCGGCCCAGGCCCUGAACCGCCAGCACAGCCAGCAUAUUCAGGAGCUGGAGCGGGAUGCAGAACAGGUGCGGGCUGAGCUGAGUGAAAGCCAGAGACAGCUGCGGGAGCUUGAGGGCAAGGAGCCUCAGGACGCCGGAGAGCGGUCCCAGCUCCAGGAGUUCCGCAAGAGGGUCGCUGCCGCCCAGAGCCAAGUGCAGGUGCUGAAGGAGAAGAAGCAGGCGACGGAGCGGCUGGCGUCGCUGUCGGCCCAGAGCGAGAAGCGGCUGCGGGAGCUCGAGCGGCACGUGCAGCUCAUGCGACAGCAGCAGGGGCAGCUGCAGAGGCGGCUUCGCGAGGAGACGGAGCAGAAGCGGCGCCUGGAGACGGAGAUGAACAAGCGGCAGCACCGGGUCCAGGAGCUGGAGCGGAGGCACGAGCAGCAGCAGAAGAUCCUGAAGAUCAAGACGGAGGAGAUCGCAGCGUUCCAGAGGAAGCGGCGCAGCGGCAGCAACGGCUCUGUGGUCAGCCUGGAGCAGCAGCAGAAGAUCGAGGAGCAGAAGAAGUGGCUGGAUCAGGAGAUGGAGAAGGUCCUGCAGCAGCGGCGGGCCCUGGAGGAGCUGGGGGAGGAGCUGCACAAGCGGGAGGCCAUCCUGGCCAAGAAGGAGGCCCUGCUGCAGGAGAAGACGGGGCUGGAGAGCAAGCGCCUGCGGUCCAGCCAGGCCCUCAGCGAGGACAUCGUGCGAGUGUCCAGCCGGCUGGAGCACCUGGAGAAGGAGCUGUCGGAGAAGAGCGGGCAGCUGCGGCAGGGCAGCGCCCAGAGCCAGCAGCGGCUGCGCGGGGAGAUCGACGCCCUGCGCCAGGAGAAGGACUCACUGCUGAAGCAGCGCCUGGACAUCGACGGCAAGCUGAGGCGGGGCAGCCUGCUGUCGCCCGAGGAGGAACGGACGCUGUUCCAGCUGGACGAGGCCAUCGAGGCCCUGGAUGCGGCCAUCGAGUACAAGAACGAGGCCAUCACGUGCCGCCAGCGGGUGCUGCGGGCUUCGGCCUCCUUGCUGUCCCAGUGUGAGAUGAACCUCAUGGCCAAGCUCAGCUACCUCUCGUCCUCGGAGACCAGAGCCCUACUCUGCAAGUAUUUUGACAAGGCCGUGGCGCUCCGAGAGGAGCAGCACCAGCAGCAGAUUGCCUUCUCCGAGCUGGAGAUGCAGCUGGAGGAGCAGCAGAGGCUGGUCUGCUGGCUGGAGGCGGCGCUGGAGCGGCAGCGCCUGGAGACCGACCGCCAGCUGACGCUGCAGCAGAAGGAGCACGAGCAGAACGUGCAGCUGCUGCUCCAGCAGAGCCGGGAUCACCUCGGUGAGGGGUUAGCAGACAGCAAGAGGCAAUAUGAGAGCCGGAUCCAAGCUCUGGAGAAGGAGCUGGGCCGCCACAUGUGGCUGAACCAGGAACUGAAGCAGAAGCUCAGUAGUUGGAGCGCUGCCGGCCCGGGCAGGGGUGUGGAGAAGAGGACCUUGUGCCUGGAGAACAGGCCACCCCCGGGAAACGAAGAGGAGCCCCCCGCCGCACCCGAGCUUCUCUGGCAGCAGGCCCUCCCGGAUGGCGCCCCCCGCGCCCGGGACGAGGUGCGGGACUUGGUCCGGGCCCCGCUCCCGCUGACGUGGAAACGCUCAAGCCUGUGCGGUGAGGAGCAGGGCCCGGCCGAGGAGGCGCGGCUGCGGGAGGCCGCUGAGCCCCUGGCAGGGCGGGUGCAACCCGGAGGUGAGGUGGGUCUGCCCUGGAACUUCGGGCCCCUGGCCAAGGCCCGGCGGGACCUGCGCAGAGCCAGCCCGGGGAUGAUUGACGUCAGGAAAAACCCCCUGUAGGCUCGCGGGCAGAGCCUGUCCUGGGGGGACCCUCCGAGCCUGCUGCACGGUCCAGCCGCGUGCCUUCGCUUCUGGGAAGGACAGUCUUUACUUCCCAUCGCAGAUCCAGGUCCCGAGCUUUACCCAAUUGGAGUCAACAAAUUCGGGCUACAGCCCAAAUGAAUUGGGACUCAAUUUUUUUUAAAUAUGCAGACUCCUGCUCAUUUCUUUUGAGCUAUGGUACCACCUUGCCGUCUUUUGGCUUGAGAGUUUGCAAAAGGCAGUUCUGGUUUCAAGCCUGCGUGUGUGCCCGGCGUUCUGGGGUUCAGCCAGUGCUGGACCCAGAACACUCAGUGGCAACAGGGUUGGGUUUUAAAUGGUCUUAUGUUUAUGGUGGGAAUGGGGAAGUUUUGCCUAUUUUUAGAAUUUUGUAAAACCAUUUUAUAAUAAAUGAGACUCUCUGAA